GAAAUUCUAGGGGGAAAGGGGUGGGUGAGGUACAACUUGGGAAGUCCAGCUGGGGCCUAGAGCUAUCUCCAUCUUCAGCUCCAGAGUUUCUGGUUUCUGUUCAAGGACAAAUGGCACAGCAUAUCUUCCAAGAUCAAGAACAGAGGACCUCCAGGCAGCAGAAUAGAAAAUCCACUGAUGACACAAUGAAACCAAAGGAAAUACAGCUAACAAUCACCGAAGCCCUGUGGGACCAAGUGUUAAUGGCUUUUAGGGAUAUACAAAAGGAGAAGCGUCGGGCCUCCAGAUUCUGGGAUGGCUCUAAAUUUGAGCACUGGAGAGCAGCCAUCAAGGGUCCACCCCCACAACCUAAGAAGAUAGUUCUCUGAUCGAUCAGCUUGCUACCCUGGACCCUAACCCUACAAUCAAAGAGGAAGGCCUGUUCUGCAACUGCCAGGGCACAGCUUUCGUUGCCUGAAAAAGAGAAGUUACUAGGCAGACAUCACCACUGCCCAGAAGAGAAAGUGAUACUCAUGGACAGAGAUACCAGGAUCUAUGGCUGCACCUGGGAACCAGGAAAUCGAAUGAGCCCCAAGUACAUCACAACUGCCAAGCAAAGAAACCAGCAAACAAACAACUGAUAAAAAUAAAUGUGAUAUAAAAGA